CAUAAAUAAAGUUAAUAGAAAGCAGAAAAUUUGUUUCUUUUUUUUUAUUUCUUUAUUGUUGAUAUCCGAAUUCCCUUUGUCGUAUUUUAUUUAUUUUCCUUUUCAUGAAAAACUUGUGGGAAUUUUGUGAGGUUGAGAAUAUUUAGUGUGAACUAAAAGACCCUUUUCCCUGUGUGGUUCAUUUUACAGGUUAGUCUAGCAAGAACAGGAGAAGAUCCUUUCAUGGUGUUAACUGUGAAGUGACUGGAAAAACUGGGUUUCUUUUCCUGUUGUGACAAUGAAAUGAGUUUAUGGUUUCGAUAUGAUAAUGGUAGAACUUAGCGAUUGGAUAAGAAGCCGGCGAUUUUCUUCGUUUUUCGGUUGUUUGAGUGGUGGUCUUCAUGCAAUUCUUGGAGGAUAACAAUGGAGGGUUCGUCUGAGUCUGCUUGGAAGGAAUCUGAUAGUUCUAGGGCACUGAACACUUCUGGUGUCUCGGAUAGGGAUCCUAGUCUGUUUCGUGUUGAAAGAACAGGCGUUUCGGGAGAUGUUUCCCGUGAUUUCGGGUCCACGGAAGAGGAUGGUAGGGUUUUGCUGACUCACAAUGAUCACCUUAAAAGCCAGAUUGGUGUUUCCGGGGUUUGUGAGAUGGCUGUAAACCCUUUCAUCCGUUCCAUUGAAUGGGGUGAUGUUAGCUUGCGGCAGUGGUUGGAUAAACCGGAAAGAUCUGUUGAUGUUUACAAGUGUUUGCAUAUAUUUAGGCAAAUUGUUGAGAUUGUAAAUAUAGCACAUUCUCAAGGGAUUGUUGUCCACAAUGUUCGACCAUCGUGCUUCGUCAUGUCCUCAUUUAAUCACGUUUCCUUCAUAGAAUCUGCAUCUUCUUCGGAUUCGGGAUCGGAUUCUGUCGAGGAUGCAUUAAAUAGCCCAAAUAUGGAGGUUCAGGGUUUACCCUCUACUUUGCCCAUUGACAUGCAUCGACAACGUAGGCUGAUGAAUGAAGAUGUGCAAACUCCAACAAAUGCUUUAUCUGAAGCUAGUUGCAUGCAGUCGGGCUCAGAAAUUCCAAGGAAUGCACAUUUAGAGGAGAGCGAAGAAAAUAAAAUCUUGGAAUGUCGAUAUUCCGAGCAAGUAGAAGAGAAAAAGCAACCGUUUCCUAUGAAACAGAUAUUGCUUAUGGAGACCAGUUGGUACACUAGUCCUGAAGAGGUUGCCGGCUCUCCCGGUACCUGUGCUUCGGACAUCUAUAGGUUGGGAGUUCUCCUUUUUGAGUUGUUUUGUCCCUUCAGCUCAAGGGAAGAGAAGAGUGGAACUAUGUCUAGUUUAAGACAUCGAGUUCUUCCUCCACAAUUGCUACUGAAAUGGCCGAAGGAAGCCUCGUUUUGUUUGUGGUUAUUGCAUCCCGAGCCAAGUAGUCGUCCAAAAAUGGGUGAGUUGUUACAAAGUGAGUUUCUUAAUGAACCAAGGGAUGAUCUGGAAGAACGUGAAGCGGCCAUCGAGCUCCGGGAGAGAAUAGAGGAGCAGGAGUUACUGCUGGAAUUUCUUUUGAUGGUACAACGAAGGAAACAGGAAGUCGCUGAUAGGUUGCAGAAUACUAUUUCUUUCCUGUGUUCCGACAUUGCAGAAGUUACAAAGAAGCAAACAAUCUUAAAGGAAAAGGGCAGCUUAUAUGCUGAACCGGGGAAAGAUGACAAUUCUACGUCAAAUCUCCCCUCGAUAAAUAUUGUAGAUACCGAUGAUUCUUCUAGCUUGGGGUCUAGAAAACGAUUUAGACCGGGCCUUACGGUUCAAAAUGUCGAAGAAUGUGGUGAUAAUCUGGAAACUCGUCAAAAGUCUGAUAUACAUUCUGAACAUCAGGAAAGUUUUCUCCUGAAAAGUUCUCGGUUGAUGAAGAAUUUCAAGAAACUUGAGUCGGCAUAUUUUUCAACAAGGUGCAGACCCGUUAAGCAAUCCGGGAAGUCUUUGAGUAGACAAACACCAUUGAAUAGUGACGGCCGUAGAUCAAUUGUUAUGACCGAAAGGAGUUUUGUCAAUAAUUUAACGUCAAAAGAGAGCUACAGCGAGGGCUCGGAAAGCGGAUGGAUAAACCCAUUCCUCGAGGGCUUGUGCAAGUAUCUGUCCUACAGCAAGUUAAAAGUCAAGGCAAAUUUGAAACAAGGAGAUUUAUUAAAUUCUUCCAAUCUGGUAUGCUCUCUCGGGUUUGAUCGUGAUGCGGAAUUUUUCGCUACCGCCGGUGUAAAUAAGAAGAUUAAAGUCUUUGAAUGCGAUGCUUUCGUAAAUCAAAAUCGCGACAUCCACUAUCCCGUGGUUGAAAUGGCUAGUAGUUCUAAGCUGAGCAGUAUAUGUUGGAAUAGUUAUAUCAAAAGUCAGAUUGCAUCAAGUAACUUCGAAGGAGUGGUGCAGGUGUGGGAUGUUACGAGAGGUCAAGUACUCACUGAAAUGAAAGAGCACGAGAAACGCGUAUGGUCCAUCGACUUUUCAUCAGCAGAUCCAACGGUUUUGGCUAGCGGGAGUGACGACGGCUCUGUAAAGCUAUGGAGUAUCAAUCAGGGAGCAAGUAUUUGUACCAUCAAAACGAAGGCCAAUGUCUGCUGUGUCCAGUUUCCGGUUGAUUCUGGUCGUUCUCUUGCAUUCGGAUCGGCAGACCAUAAAAUUUAUUAUUACGAUCUUCGAAACUCUAGGAUUCCUCUAUGCACUCUAGUUGGACACAAUAAAACUGUGAGUUACGUCAAGUUUGUCGAUGCAAAUACUCUCGUGUCUUCUUCCACGGAUAACACUUUGAAGCUUUGGGAUUUGUCAAUAUGCAAUUCUCGGGUCAUUGAUACUCCCCUUCAGUCCUUUACUGGCCACAUGAAUGUAAAGAACUUCGUGGGAUUGUCGGUAUCUGAUGGUUAUAUUGCUACUGGCUCUGAAACUAAUGAGGUAUUCAUAUACCACAAAGCUUUCCCGAUGCCGGCGUUGUCGUAUAAGUUCAACAACACGGAUCAACUUUCUGGACACGAAACAGAUGAUGCCGCGCAGUUCAUCUCUUCUGUUUGUUGGCGUGGCCAGUCCUCUACCCUAGUUGCUGCAAAUUCCACUGGGAAUAUCAAAAUUCUGGAUAUGGUUUAGUUUGGUCUUGUCUCUCGGAAUCAUUCUUAGUUGAAGCAAAAGGACGAACGGACAGACGGAAACUGUGCUCCAUUCCGGCACAAAACAUCGAAUAAAGUCGGGUAUCGGACAUCGGAGAGUAUCAAAGAGUAUAGCAUUUGAGCAAAAUAACAAAAAAGAAAACAUUUUUGGCUGUAGAUGAUAACAGAUGCAAUUAACAUGAAGAUUUGAGAACGACUUCAUAAAAUAUAUGCAGAUAAGAUCCAAAAGAACAAAGGACAGAGGACAAAAUCAACCAUCUUUGUAUAUUUUGUAAUGCUUAUAGUUCAUAGUCAUUUUUCGGGAAGUA